GUAGAUUUGGAAGUGACUGGUAUAUCCCGUAGCGGGCGUGUGAGAAAGAAGAGUUCUAAGUUAAUGGACUUUGAGUCUCCUGACGACAUUGAAACGAGAUUUAGGCGGCAAACGCCCGUCAAACCGUAUGCUGGUUUCCGCCAGGAAGAACCACAAGAAUAUCAUCAACAGGAGAGUGCUGCAGCCAGGCAGGAUGACGCGGGAACGGCGUCUGGCAGCGAAUCUGAUUAUUAUGAUAAUCCCGGGGAAAAUGCUGAUAGUGGUGAACCACAAAAUUGCAGCCUGGAGUCUGACAGCUCGGCAUCAGACGAGGGUUCCACUAGGACCCCUGCUAACUCCUUAUACAUGAUGGAGAAGUCCAGCAAGAAGAAACUGAUUGUCAAGGAUGGAAGGGUCGUCGGACGCGCUAAGGCGCAGAGGAAAGACAAAGGUAAGACGCGUAUAACCGCAUACAUGAUGUGGGCGAAGGAGGCGCGCAAUGAACUACUGCGCAAGCACCCUGACAUGGACUUCUCUGCUAUAUCCAAGAGGCUCGGAGAGAUGUGGUCUAAUGUAAACUACAACGAGCGCUACCUAUGGAAGCGCAAGGCGAAACGUUUCGCGAUGCAGAAGGAACAAAAUAACCAGUCCACUAACAAGAUUAUCGUGUCUAACCCAAGUCGUCCCCUGUCUUCAGCCGGUCCGGGUCGCCCCCCGAGGGCACAGCCCCGGCCACAACCUGCACCUACUACACCGCCGUCACAGGCGCUUGUGCCUGCGUCGAGCACGUCGGCCCCCAACUCCGGCAUGUACCGUGUGACUGGGUGCGGCGCUGUGGAGGUGGCCGCCCAUCUCCGACUGUUAGGGGAGAGCCUCGCCAUCAUUGGGGAACGACUUAAGGAACAUGAGGGCCAAAUCGCAGUAUCAGGCUCAGUAUCAGUGCUACUGGACACGCUCCUAUGUUCCCUCGCGCCACUACUCAGCGUCUGCCGAGCUCUGCCAGCCAUCGCCCCGCCGGCCAGCCUUCUACAAGACACGCUACAUAACAUCGCAUACAUCAUGCCUGGACUGUAA